UCCUUGUUCUCCUCUCCCUUCUCUUUCUUCUUCCCGCUUCGCCCUGGAGGCCCUUCCGAUCUUUUCCUUCUCUUCAUCUUCGUCGACGGCCAGCACAAGCCUCACCAGCCGCCUCUAGGACCCGGAGCAGGAACUCCCAGCCAUUUAAACGUAACUUAUCGACUUUUAACAGCUCUACAGGCCCAGUGCUUGACUUGCUUUUAUUUUUGUGCAUUUUUUCUCUGUUCCUCCUUGGGCGCUUUCGUAGAGGAUUCGAAACAGGAUACAUACCCGGAAAUGCUCGCUUUAUAUCAUUGUUUUCUCCUCGCCCUGGCCCUCUUCGGCUCGAAUGUCUCUGCAGCACCAGCAGCCAUCAGCCGGAGACAAAACCCAGUGACGGUCGAGUCGCAGCAGACCAUUGACACUGCAAGUGGAAAGAUGCUCGAGACUUGCACGAUCACGCUCACGCCGGUUACGGGCGCAGAUGGAACGGUGGAGAUGGAGGAGGUCACGUCGUGUGUUACCACUCCCGUCGACGCGACGUCGGUAGCCGCCGCUUCGUCGUCGACUGCGGCGGCUGCAACGUCCACCAGCGCCGCUGCUGCCUCUUCUGCGGCUGCUACAACUGCAGCGUCGUCUUCAGCUGCUGCUGCGAGCAGCACGGACACGACCGCCGCAACGUCCACUAGCGCAGCUGCCGCCUCAUCCGCGGCCGUGUCUUCAUCAGCUGCUGCAUCCUCGACCGACACCACAGCAGCCAGCAGCACCUCCGCCGCCGCCGCCGCCGCAUCCGGUACACCCAUAGUCGGCACAUUCUCCUCGAUCCCUCUCUCAGCCAUCUCCUCAGGUCUCGCCACCUCCACAGCCGCCGCCAGCGCCUCCUCAGUCGCCGGUGCCGCCGCCGCCACCAGCGCAGCAGACACCGCACCCUCCGCCUCCAGCGCGGCAGACAACGCAGCCGCUUCAGCCUCAGCCUCCGCGUUCGUCGUCCCUGGCAAGUCGCUGCAGGUGCUGCCGAUCGGAUUGGGCGUGUUUGGGGGUAUCAGUGUGAUUGCGUUGAUUGUGGUUGGGUUGGUGACGUAUGAGAGGACGAAGUACAGGAAGGCGUUUAGGCAGAAGAAGUUGGCGGAGCAGGGGGCGGCGAUGGGUUAUGGAGGGAUGAGGGGCGUCGCGUAAAGGGCGGGUGAAGUCACGUAGGAUGGAAAAUGAUGGGCUAUACACACGGAUGGCAGGAAGCGCCUGAGUUUGGGAUCGGAUGGAAUGGGUUCGUUCUUUCGGUCUCCAAUUCUGCCUUUUUUUUGCUUGCUUGUGCGUAGUAACCCAUCAGUCGUUUUGUUCACCUUUCCCACGCAGUACAUAUCACGCCUACUUCGCUUCAUUUAUCGCUCUCUUCAUUCUCUCCCGCAACACCAUUCUUUGUUGUAACCACUCACCUGCGCUCACUUCAUUCGUUCAUAUACUCCGCUUUCAUCCGUCUUCAUGCCGCACAUACUGGGCUCGCAGUCCGGACACGUUUCCACUGCUCCUACCACUGCUGACACUUCUCCGUCUGGUGUUGUGUGCUCUGUGCUCUGUUGUCUGUCAACGUUACUACAUACAUACCGCUGCUGUUGUGCUUUCGUCUCCGUUCUCCCGUCAGCGUCCCCGUGCUCGACCGCUCUGUACUUCCGUAAGUUAGUAUGGUAUGUAGCUAGAUCAUGCUACAUAUAUACUGCAAUGAGCAUUGGGCAUUUGGAGUCAUAUACAUCUUGGGUCUUCUGCUUCAUCUUUUUUUUUAUCCUUUCUUCCUCUUGCAGCCCUUCGGAGCUUCUUACACAAACUACAUCCCCUUCAUCCUUCAUCCUUCUUAGACCGACGUCGGGUUUACGACCUUUUCCUUUUCUUUCACUCUUUCUUUCGUUUUUACCCUUCUGUGGAUGGUGUACUUUAGCUAACUUAAAUCUCAUUCUGGGCGUUAUACGAGAGUAUCUGGAUACUGAGCGUAUUUUCGUUCCCCUGGUUAUUUC